UCCGCUCAGAUACAGAGCAACAGCGAGAGCAGAAAACCCAAAGAAAUCGAACAAGCAGCAAGCAGCAGCAGCAGAAGAAAUCCCCGACGACUCUAGGGUCUCCGGGCAAUCGAUCGGGCCCUCGAUCGGCGAAAUGAAGCGCAGGAGCCGGAAGGGCUGACCCCGCCGAGCUACCACCCGACGAUCCCGAGGGAGGCCGGCCCGGCCGCCCGCGCCGCCCACCAGCGGCGUCGCCUCGCUCCCCUCCCGGCACCUCCGUGGGCCACCGGCCUCGCGCGGCCGCGGCUCGGGGGGGCCGACCUCGCCGACGUUGGUCGUGUCGACAUUGCCUUCGCUUUUGGGGGUUUGUGAUCGGGCCGGAUGGCGGGGGCGGCGUCGUCGUCGUCGUCGCACAAUGUCGAGUUGGAGGCGGCGAAGUUCCUGCAGAAGCUCAUUCAAGAAUCCAAGGACGAGCCUGCGAAGCUGGCUACGAAACUCUACGUGAUAUUGCAACACAUGAAAUCGAGCGGGAAAGAACACUCGAUGCCGUAUCAAGUGAUAUCAAGGGCUAUGGAGACUGUUAUUAAUCAACAUGGUCUCGAUAUUGAGGCCUUGAAGUCCUCGCGCCUUCCUUUAUCAGGGGGAAGUCAAACAGGAGAAUCCGUCGCACCUACACAUGCUGGAUCUUCGCAGGCAAGCCUCCCUACCACAGCUGGCCUGGCUGAAAAUGAGAUGUCUAAGAGCGAUCCAUUUUCUUCAAAUAGGCAACCAGUUGGUCCAAAUGUUGGACCCGUUUAUUUUCAAGAACCUGCAGCGCAUAGAAGUGGUCAUUCACUUGAAAAUGAAGGUCUACCUAGUUUUGACCCAAGGUCUGCUGGUUUACAGUCGCAAGAAAGGCAUGAUCAAGCAAAUUGGGGAAGACAGCUGGAGGGUAGAAAGCUCGAUACUAAGCGAAAAAGAGGAGACUCAUCAGGAGCUGAAUCAAAUGCUGAGAAUUUCCAGAAAGUUGAUUCCUCUAAUUCUUUGGUCCAUCAGAGGAAGGGAAAAGUGAACAAGGUUGAACCACUGGGGAGUUCAAUAGUUGGAGUUUCAAGAUCCAGGCUGGAAGAUCAAAUGCAGGCUGGUGGUUCUUCACACGGGGGUCAUGGUUUUUCUCAUAAGAUGCAUGGUGAAAGAAGCAUGGAAGUCCUUCCUGUUGCAUGUUCUACCGAGAUUGAACAGAGCAUGAACAAAAGUGCCUCCCAGUUCAUAUCCUCUGCUAGAAGGGACGAUGUUUCUACUGCUCUUGGCUCUGGAAAUCUCUUGGAACAUGAUAGAGGAAAGUCAAGUGUUCUAGACCUUGCAAGGAGGAACAUUCAGGAUUCUGGGCAGAAUAGUGUCUCUGAAGUGAUGUUGCCUACAAGUUCGACUUUCAAAGAGACAGGAAAACGCCUUGCUGUCCCUGGCAUGCUGUUUAAGGAGCAACAGUUAAAACAACUCAGAGCUCAGUGCCUCGUUUUUUUAGCCUUCAGGAAUGGUAUGGCGCCAAAGCCUUUGCACCUCGACAUAGCUCUUGGAAAUAUGCAUCAGAAAGAAGGUGGCUCUAUGGAUGGAAAUCGGUCUGAGCUAGUUGCUUCUAAAGAAGUUGCACAAUCGUCUAAUGAGCCCUCCAAAGUUCCUAAUCUGGCAAAUCCACUUGGUAGACUGAAUAAGGUUGGUGAAGCUGAGAGAAACUACCCGGCUUCAGCAGCUGGAAAUCUAUUGGGUUCCCAUUUUUCGAAAGAAGCCAACCAGCAAAAGCUGGUGGAGAUUAGUGGCAAAUCAUCUUUAGACCAUAACACUCAUGAAAAAGAAAGGAGACGCCUUAUAGCUAAUAGAAAUCUGGAGCCUGAGAUGCCAAAUCAAACUGACUCACAGUAUCGUUGCGAUACCCACCAGCCAAUAGUGUCAAGUGCGAUGGAGUUGGGAGUUAGUGGUCAGGGCGAAAAUGUCGAGAAGGAUAGAAGAGCUUUUAUCGAUGAACAUCACAAUGUAAUUCUGAUGGAUGAUGCAAAUGGGAUGCCAAGAAAUGUAUCUCGUGAAGUGUCAGCAGUGGGAGCAGAAGAGGAGGAAGAAGAUAACUCGCCCUCUUCUGGGCUGCCACCUCCAAAGUACACCAUGUUGGAGAAAUGGAUUAUGCAUCAGCAGAGAAUAAAAUUCUCCGAUGAGCAGAACUGGUCUCAAAAGCGGCAGAAAGCUCGGCAAAGAAUUGCCACGUCCUUCGACAGGUUAAAGAAAUCUGUGAGCUCUUCUGAGGAUUUGUCCACAAAAACCAAAAGCGUCAUUGAAUUGAAAAAACUGCAGCUAUUGGCACUUCAACAUCGUCUGCGGAGUGAUUUUGUGAAUGAUUUCUUUAAACCAGUAGUGGCUGAAAUGGAUUACUUGCGAUUAUUCAAGAAACCUAAGCAUGGUCGCAGGACAAGACAGAUAGAAAGAUAUGAACAGAAAAUGAAGGAAGAACGUCAAAAGAGAAUUCGUGAGCGGCAGAAGGAGUUCUUUAACGAUCUGGAAGUUCACAAAGAACGACUCGAUGAUGUGUUUAAGAUUAAGAGAGAACGGUUGAAGGGUUUUAACAAGUAUGUGAAGGAAUUUCACAAAAGGAAAGAACGAAUACAUCGUGAGAAGAAUGACAGAAUCCAGCGUGAAAAGCUGACUCUACUUAAGAUUAAUGAUGUCGAGGGAUACCUGCGCAUGGUACAGGAUACGAAAUCAGAUCGUGUUAAGCAGUUGCUCAAAGAAACUGAGAAGUAUCUUCAGAAGCUUGGUUCCAAGCUACAUGAGGCAAAGGCAGUGGCAAAACGCUGUGACAAUGAUAUUGAUGAAGAAGAAUCUUUAAAUGUAUUGGACAAGAGUGAAUCUGCUUUUGAGAAUGAAGAUGAUUGUGACCAGGCAAAGCACUACAAAGAGAGCAAUGAAAAAUACUACAUGAUGGCGCACAGCAUAAAAGAGAGCAUAGCAGAGCAGCCAGCAACUCUAAAAGGAGGAAAGUUGAGGGAGUACCAAUUAAAUGGUCUAAGAUGGUUGGUCUCUUUGUACAACAAUCAUUUGAAUGGAAUUCUUGCUGAUGAAAUGGGCCUUGGUAAAACUGUUCAGGUUAUUUCCUUAAUUUGUUAUCUGAUGGAAACAAAAAAUGACCGAGGGCCUUUUCUAGUUGUUGUACCUUCUUCGGUUUUACCCGGUUGGGAGUCUGAAAUCAAUUUCUGGGCCCCUGGCGUGCAUAAAAUAGUCUAUGCUGGGCCUCCGGAAGAAAGACGUAGGUUAUUCAAGGAAAAAAUUGUUCAUCAGAAGUUCAAUGUCCUUCUGACAACGUAUGAGUAUCUUAUGAACAAGCAUGACAGACCAAAAUUAUGCAAAAUACACUGGCGCUACAUUAUAAUUGAUGAAGGUCACAGAAUUAAGAAUGCUUCUUGCAAGUUGAAUGCUGAUUUGAAACACUAUCAGAGCUCCCACAGAUUGCUUUUGACUGGGACACCCUUACAGAACAACCUUGAGGAGCUGUGGGCACUACUUAACUUCUUAUUGCCAAAUAUUUUCAACUCAUCAGAGGAUUUUUCUCAGUGGUUCAACAAACCAUUUGAGAGCAAUGGUGAUAAUUCACAAGAUGAAGCGCUGUUGUCUGAGGAGGAGAAUCUUUUGAUUAUCAACCGGCUUCACCAAGUUCUUCGACCAUUUGUGCUUCGAAGACUGAAACACAAGGUUGAAAAUCAGCUACCGGAGAAGAUUGAAAGGCUAAUAAGAUGCGAAGCCUCUGCAUAUCAAAAGCUGCUGAUGAAGAGAGUGGAAGAUAAUCUAGGGUCUCUGGGAAAUUUUAAGUCACGGGCAGUGCAGAACUCUGUAAUUGAGCUUAGGAAUAUAUGCAAUCAUCCUUAUCUCAGCCAGCUUCAUGCAGAUGAGGUUGAUAGUUUAAUCCCCAAGCAUUAUCUGCCUCCAAUCAUCAGACUCUGCGGGAAGCUUGAGAUGUUAGAUCGGUUGCUGCCGAAACUGAAAGCUACGGAUCAUCGUGUUCUGUUCUUUUCCACAAUGACGAGGUUGCUUGAUGUAAUGGAGGAAUAUCUCCUCGCUAAACAGUAUCGCUAUCUUCGUUUGGAUGGGCACACCUCCGGGAGCGACCGUGGUCGUCUUAUUGAUUCAUUCAAUGAGCCUAAUUCGCCCUAUUUUAUAUUUUUACUGAGCAUUCGUGCUGGUGGUGUUGGAGUAAACCUUCAGGCAGCUGAUACUGUAAUCAUAUUUGACACUGAUUGGAAUCCACAGGUCGAUCUCCAAGCACAGGCUAGAGCUCAUAGGAUUGGCCAGAAAAAGGAUGUACUGGUUAUUCGAUUUGAAACGGUUCAAACUGUAGAAGAACAAGUCAGAAGAUCAGCAGAGCACAAGCUUGGAGUUGCCAAUCAGAGUAUUACUGCUGGCUUUUUUGAUAAUGACACCAGUCCAGAGGAUCGAAGAGAAUACCUAGAGUCUCUCCUUAGAGAGUGCAAGAAAGAGGAAGCUGCUCCUGUACUGGAUGACGAUGGUCUAAAUUACAUUUUAGCCCGCAGCGAGUCAGAGAUUGAUGUGUUCGAGUCAAUUGACAAACAAAGGCACGAAGAGGAGAUGGCCACAUGGGCAAAAUUGGUACAUGGACGGGAGAAAGAUGAUUCGAAACCUCUACCUCCAUUGCCUCCUCGCCUAGUGACUGAUAACGACUUGAAAGAAUUUUAUGAAGCAAUGAAGGUGUACGAAGUGUCAAACAGUGGGAUGACGUCAACAAAUGGUGCCAAGCGGAAACCUGGGUAUGCAGGCAGCCUUGAUACUGAACAUUAUGGACGGGGCAAGCGUGCAAGAGAGGUGCGGUCAUACGAAGAGCAAAUGACUGAAGAGGAAUUCGAAAAAAUGUGUCAAGUCGAAUCUCCUGAUUCACCUAAGUUGAAGGAUGAAGAGGUAAAAACAAACUUACCUAUAGAGCCCAAAGUGCAGGCCCUUGUUACGCAGCCUACUGCUCCACUUCCUCUGCCUGCAUCAUCUCCCUCUAUACAGCCAGCACCCGUGAGCAUAAAGAACGAGGUAACACCUCCAGCUAAACGAGGACGAGGAAGACCAAAAAGAGUGGCUGCAACUACAUCUCCGACGAUACCUGUUGUUAUAGCCCCUACUGAAUCUGUUAAACUUCAUGGAGACUCACAAGGAGUUCUUUCUAGCCACCCAGCUUCCUCCAGUCUUGAGCAAUCUCAGGUAUCAACUCCUUUGAAAACUGAUGUUGUGGUCGUGCCUCAUUCUGCUGGCGGAUUCACACCUACAUCCCAGGCAAGUCCUUUUCCUCCUACUGUUGGUCCUCAAACUACCCCUGGAAGUCAUUCUGUUCCGCCAGAGGCAAAAGAACCCGGACGGAAGGCUCUAAGUCGAGCAGAAGCACCAAGAGGCCGGGGACGGAAAAGGGCUGUUGCGGUUCACGCAACUCCAGAUCACUUUCCUAGUCUGGAUGCAACAACAAAGGAGCAAUUUCAGAGUAAAUCUGCUGAUUCAACGAUGAUUAAGACCAUUGCUCCAAGUGAAGGCGCUUCCGUUUCUCCUGCAACCCAAGGUCCUCAAUCUACUUCUGCAGCAUUAGUUGGAGUAGAUUUGAGUGGAACUUCGAUUUUUGUUGUAGGAAGUGCUUCGAACUCCAUGCAGCUGUCAGGCCCUUCACCUCUUUCUUCUACUGUUGUAGGUUCUCCAUUGACAAGUUCAAGCCCUUCCAUGGUUUUGGAGAUUAGAGGGCAUACUCAAAAAAGUCAAAGUGGUGGCGAAGCACCAAGGCGUGGGCGAAGGAGAAAGACUCCCAUAUCUCAUACUUUAUCUGAUGUCCCUAUUGGUCAGGAUGUGAAAUUGAAUUCAAAAGCAGACCAAACGGGCAUAUUAAGUGUUAAUGAGAUGAAUAAGCAAGAGGUCUUUAGUUUUGAAAUCAGUAAUGUUGGGACUGCAAGGGCUGGUGAGCUCUGUACACUCACAGGUGGAUCUGUUCUGGACAGGGAGAAUUUAGACUCUGUUCAAAGCAAACAGUCAGUGGGCUCAUCGACUGCUCAAGGUGGUGGCAAUGAUGUCUCAAGUUCCUCGGGUCAAAUUCAAAGUGCUGCUUCAGCUGAUGUGGCAUCUGCAUCUUCAAAAAGUGGUGGGCCACCAGGAAGUGAGGGUGGAGGUCCAUUGCCUUUACCUGCACUAACAAGUACUCUUUCGGAAGGAGCACAUGUGGCUUUGUCAACAUCUAAGCCUGCGCUGUCCGUUAGCCUUGAUUGUUCUACACUUUCAGAAAGUAGCAGUAGAGCUGUGCACUCCCAGGACCCAAAGAAUGCUCAUAGCUCUGUUACAGCCUCAACUUCCCCACCUGGGUCUGCGCAAGGUACAAGGCAAACUCGUAAAAACCAGGGCAGGGCUGAGACACCAAGACGGAGGGGCAGGAAGCCGGCUUCUGUUUCAACUCAGGUUCCAGAUGUCUUAUCAGGUAAACAAGAUAUUGAUGGUCAGCAGCUGAUAGAUGUUACCAAGGAUCCAAAGUUCACCUGCCAAACUGAUUCUCCUUCUAAAUUCAAAUCACCUGCCACCUCAACAGGAGGCCAGGACACUUCCUCCAGACCUCAGAGCCUCAAUUUUGGACAAAAGAACAAUGCUGAUGUCCGUUAUGUUGCUUCUAUGAUGAAGGAAAUUUUGUCUGAAAACCGUUUGUCUAAAACUAAAAUUGGUGAACGGUUGCAAAGUCCAGGUGAUGCUUCUGUCGAGGUGAACAAAGAGCUGAGUGUAAUGAACACAAGUUUUUCAGGUAGAUCAAUUGUUGAAAUGGAUACUCCUGGGGUUGAUCUUCAAACUCAGAGUAAUCAGCAUGAGCGAGAAGGUAGUGGAGUGGUAGAAGAGAAAAAGUUGCCAAUUGUUUCAAAACUUGUAGUCUGUGCCCUUGAAAGUAAGGUAGCCACUGGCUCUCUAGGCACCUCUGUCAAGGGGCAAGUUACUUCUGAAAGUUUGGAUGAAAUGCCUGCUGUUCCUCCUGGUUUUGAGAAAUUUGACAUUACAGCUGGCAAAAUGAAGAUUGGUGGACAAAGUGAAGUUGUGAGCGCACUUCCAUCAGUUGCAAGUGAGAUUUUCGCUGAGGUGGCUGCAAACCGAACUUCUGAAUAUGUGAAAGAGUCAGCUAUUUCAUCAAAAAAUGUGACCACAGAUAGUGACAAGAACUCUUUGAAGAGAGAGGAUUCUGUUUCAAAUGAGGCACAUGAUUCAAGCUCUUGUAUCCGUGAAUCUCCAUCCCUCACCGCUGUUGGCUCAGCUGAAACAGGUACUAAUUUAACACUACCUGAUGGAGAGUGUUUCAUGAAGGAUGUUGCCACAGAAGUUAUACAAGCAGAUUCAAAUCUUGGAGAAGAAGACAAUGUUAGACAAUGUUCUUCUGACGAUGAGAAUAAAGUCAAAUCCUUUGAGAAAGCUCCUGCAGAUGCAGUAGAAUCAACUGAAAAUCUUUGUCAGAGACAAGCUGCUUGCACUUCGGACACUGAGAAUAAAUUCAAGUCCAUUGAGAAAGCUCCUGCAGAUGCUAUAGAAUCGACUGAAAAUCUUUCUCAGAGACGAUCUGCUUCGGUUAAGGAUCACGCAUCCUGCAUGGAGGUGCCUAUGGCAUCUUUAGGCAAAGCAAAGCUGACGGUGACUGGCAUGAAUAGAUUUGGCUCUGAAGCAGAUAUCUCUUGUAGGGACUCUGGGAAGUCUUCUUUUCUUGGUGUUGCCAGUUCUAUGGGUCCCACAUCAGAGACAAUAAUUAACAAUGAUUCUGGUGGUUGUGAAGUAGAGACAGCAAGCCUUGAGAGUCAAGGCCAUUCUGCUGUGCCUGAUCCUACUACCUUACAGGACAGCGUUGCUGAACAAAAAACUGAGCCUCCAUCAGAGGAGCACUUGAAUCCACCCCAUGGCGGCAACCUUGAUGGCUUCGGAAGAUCAACAAAAGUCGAUGCUGUCGGUGAUUAUCAUGAAGUGGCUAAACCUUUGCUUUCAGAGCAUUCAGUUCAUUUGGUGCCCCCUGGAAAUUAUUUGGUUGGUGAUGACCAGAUAAAUGAUUCCCAGGCCGUUCGGGCUAGCUCAGAAAAUAUCUCAGAAGACAGUGCUCUCCCAUCACUCCCCUUGAUGACAGAGGAAGGACAGAGCAUCAGUGCAUUUGAAAUAGGUCCUCUUGGAGGCUCUGAAGCAACCCGGGACAAAGAGACUGCUGUUUGUGAUUCUGUCCCUCAGGUUAGCGAAACUGUCUCAGAAAGCAUGCCAAAGAACAUGGAUCUGAUGCUAGGUUCGGUGAUGAAUGAAGAUAAAACUGAAGCCCCCCCAGACAAUGUUCCGAUGACCGGUGGAGUUGCUCCACUGGAAGCUAAAGCUGACGAACCUCAGACUUCUGACAAAAUGGAAGUUUCUGAGAAUGGUGAUGGGGUGUUAGGUAAUUUAUCAAGAAAUGCAGAUUUACCUUUAACAACUAAUGGAGAAAAUACAGAAAGCUCAAUCCCCAUGGAUACUGACAUUAGAAGCUCAGUUGUGAACAUAGAAAGAGAAGGUGAGAACAAUGGUGCUGUGGAUAGAACCGACGUGCCUACAGUCGAUGGGGCUUUGCCAACAUGUAUAUCGGAAGAAAUACAUCCCUCUGCAAAUAUCUGUUCAGGUGAAGGACCUAUAGGAGGCUCAAAUGUCAUGUCUUCGGCUGAUGUUGUUGAAACACUGGGUGGAGAAAAACUUGAAGCUGAGGUGGAUGCUUCUCUGGUUUUAGGGAAUGGUUCAGAGAAUCAAUUUGGAGAUGCGUGUCUGCCUUCAUCUUCCAUGGUAAUACAUGAAGGACAAAGUGACAAUUCACCGGUCAAGCGUCCUGUUGAGAGUUCAGCAUCAUUCAAGAAUUUACAAGGGCAUAUCAAGGAAAUCAAUGAUGGGGAAAUUGCUUCACAAGGGACUCAGAUUGUGCAUGAACGUGCAUCAAGAAGCAUGGAAUCUUCUCAAGUAAAUCAGCUUGAGGCCAGAGUGGUAUCUGAAAGACACGUUUCUUCCCCAGUGACAAACAUUGAGUUGUCUGAGAUGAAACCAGGAGUACAUGAAACUGAUAUUGGUGAUAACAAGGAUACUUCUCAGAUUGCUGAGGUUCUUCCUGAAGAUGCUUCUGACAGAAAUGAACCAUCACCAAUGCAAAGGACAAGUAUAGAAAAAAUUCGGGAUGACUAUGAGGAGAAAGCAGAUGAGAUUUGUGAGGGAGAAAGUGACAAUUCACCGGUUAAGUGUCCUGUUGAGAGUUCAGCAUCUUUUGAGAAAGUACAAGGGCAUGUCGAGGAAAUCAAUGAUGGGGAAAAUGCUUCACAAGGGAGUGAAAUUGUGCCUGACCUAGCAUCAAGAAGCAUGGAAUCUUCUCAAGUAAGUCAGCUUGAGCCCAGAGUGGUAUCUGAAAGGCUCGUUUUUUCCCCGGUGACAAACAUCGAGUUGGCUGAGAUGAAACCAGGAGGACAUGAAACUGAUAUUGGUGAUGGCAAGGAUACUUCUCAGAUUGCUGAGGUUCUUCCUGAAGAUGCUUCCGACAGAAAUGAACCAUUACCAAUGCAAAGGACAAGUGUAGAAAAAAUUCGGGAUGACUAUGAGGAGAAGGCAGAUGAGAUUUGUGAUGGGAUAGAUGCUACUCUUGUUGAUGAUAAUGUACCUGUAAACCUACCAGAAAGGAUGGACUACUCUCAGGAAGAAUUGGUUGAGGACUCCUCCGAGAAGAGAGCUGACGAGCAUGAAAUUGUUGAUGGGACAGAUCCUUCUCAGCUUGGGGUUGUGCCUGAUAAUGAAUCUAACAUGGAUCCUACUGGGGUUGUUGAGACUGAACAUACAUCUGAAAGAAUUGAGCCUUUAUCUUCACAAAUGAUAGGCACAGAAACAGUUCAGGACUCCUUUGAGCAGAAACCAGGAGGACAUGGUACUUCAACUUGUGAUGGAACAGAUAAUUCUCUGGUGGACGCAGUUAUGCAUGAAGAUAUUGGAAAGCAUGGAUCCUCCUCAGGUAGUUGAGCUUGAGAACGCAUCUGACAGUGAACCUUUAUCUUUUCAAUCGACAGAAGAAGAAACUGUUCAG